GGCAUCCACCAUGUCCGGACCCCUGGUGCUGAUAGCCACGCUGCUGCCACUAGUGGUAGCCUCCUGUGAUCCUGGACCCGCCGUCACGGAGGACCGGGUCACUCGCGCCGCUGUCGUGUUCCGCGGCCUCGCCGUGCAGACAGACCCCGCCGUGUCGGACCCCAGGCACUACUCCGCGCAGUUCUGGCUCAUCAGUGUGUACAAGGGCUCCGCCGCGCUGGCCGGCCUCCUACAUCUGCAGUCUCCAGUCUCCGGCCCCGUGGAUAUCAGAGACAGGCGAGUCAAUGUGUCGGGAUUGGUAACGUCCCAAUGUUGGGCGUCCGUGUCCCCACAAGAGUACUAUGUUGUGUUGGCCAAAGUAAUUGGAUCACAACUUGUCAAAGCUGAGGAAAACGAUGCUUCGGUGCUGCCAUGGACCCCUGACACCGAUCGUCUGGUCUGGAGAUCAUUAGGAUGGGGUGAGUGGAUGGAAUGGAGUGCUUGCAGCGCCUCGUGUGGCGAGGGCUCGCAACACAGGUGGCGAGCAUGUCUACAACACGCAGGCUGUGAGGGAUUCAACAAAGAGACUAGGCGUUGCAACAUGUUCCCUUGUCAAGGCGCGGUGUCGCCGCUGUCCCCGGAGCAGACAAGGUUCCUGCACGGCCAGUGGGGACGGACCCCGGACCGUGCCACGGCAUGGAGGCUACGCCCCAGCACCUACCUGUGGCUGCCCGCCGCGGAACUGCCCACCUCGGCCCGUCACCUGCGUCGUCACUUCGCCCUCCUUGUCACUCUGCGACUCAACCCCAAGGAAUCUUCGGCAGGAACCUUGUUCAGUUUACGAUCAAGGAGACAUCAAAAUGCUUACCUCAGUGUGGAGCUAGCAGGGAAAGACAGUGUAAAGUUAGUUCACGCCAGCCACAAUGGCACUCAGACAGUGACAAUACCAGCGCCCCUGGCGGACGGACAUUGGCACCACCUCGCCAUCGGUGUACAGCAGGACAGCUCCGUUCGUAGCUACCUGGACUGCCAAUGGGUAUCUACAGACAUUCUACGAAGAGACUCCCUGGAAAUUCCCGAGGACGCUGACGUCGUCAUCGGAUAUCUCUUUUCUGGAGACCUGGAGCAGCUGGUGAUAGUACCAGACCCAGGAGCUGUCAGUCAGCAGUGCGCCACCAAUCACGUGUCUAGCUAUGACCCGACGCCACCACCUACACACCCAGACAAACAAGCUGCUCAGCAUCCCUCUACAGUGCCCUUGUCACAAUCUAAGAGUUUAUCAUACUUUGAGAAAGAAAACGAAAUCUGGCAAGAUGAUGAAGAUUUAUUUGAAGCCAGCGGAGGUGGAGGCGAAACUCUGGAGCAAUACGAGUACGAAUGGACGCCAUGGUCUGGGUGUAGUGUGACCUGUGGCCUGGGUGUCCAGACCCGCCGAGUGUCUUGCACUAACGCUGGUGUCUGGAUGGACUUCUGCCUUGAGUCUGCUCGGGACAGGACUGAGUCUCGACAUUGCAGCUUGGCACCAUGCAAACCUGCAAACUCUACUGACAAAAGUAAUGAAGACAGCGCUUCAGACUUGUGUGGGUGCCAGAAUGGAGGCAAGUGCCACACCAAGCGACGCAGUUGUCACUGUACUCCAGGCUAUCAAGGGCGACAUUGUGAGAUACGCUCCUGUCCCGGACCUUGUCUACACGGCGGCGUCUGUCACAACAGCGGCUACUGCUCCUGUCCUCCCGAGUACACCGGCCAGACCUGUCAGAUACCUGUGUGUCGGCCACCAUGCAUGAACGGUGGACAGUGCAUUAAGCCUGGAGUCUGCUCGUGUCCAGAUCAAUUCAAUCAUCCUCGCUGUGCAUCUAUGUGCCCGGACGGUUGUGAGCCCGGCGGCGCUUGUGUGUCCCCGGGUGUGUGUCGGUGUCUCCCCGGGUUCCAUGGCUCGCUGUGUCAGGAGUCCUUGUGUCCCAGGGGGUGUCUCAAUGGAGGAGUCUGUGUCGCCACCAACAAGUGCAACUGCUCCUCAGGCUGGACCGGCGCCGACUGCUCUACCCCGGUGUGUGACCCGCCGUGUCAGCGAGGUGGUCGCUGUGUCGCUCCUCAGCAGUGUCUAUGUCCGCCAGCCACUCAAGGUCAACGUUGUCAGAACUUCACUUGCACGAGGAGUUGUCUAAACGGUGGCGUGUGUGUGGGACCGGACUUGUGCGAGUGUCCUGCCAACGCCACGGGCCCUACGUGUGGACAACCGCUGUGUGACCCUCCCUGUGAGAACGGAGCCACCUGCGCGGCUGGCAAUACCUGCGUUUGCGCACCACACACGGAGGGAACACGAUGUCAGACCAAAAACUGCGACUACAGAUUCGUUCAGGAACCGUAUACUAGAGGUUUUCGGAAACUGGUGAAAAGACGAGUGCAGACAAAAUGCGGCACGAGUUCUAAGGUCUGUUUGAGAACGAUAGCUGAGUACCAGACGGUCUACAAAACCUUCUACCGCACCGUAUACAAGUGUGCCAACGAAGACAACCAUUAAGUGACGUUUUAAGGACAGUUUUGUAUAUGAUACCAGCAUUGGGGUAUAUCCUUUCUCUGGAAACACAAUGUACAACGUUAAUAUAGACGACCCUAAACAACAUCGACUUUAUUAAACAGAACAUUAAUCAGUUAACGAACAGAAAACUUCGUGAUGCAUAGGUUAUACCAAUUUGAAAACGAAACAUAUUGAAUGAUAAAAAUUACAUAAACACCAUGGAAUUUAAAAAAAUUAAAGAAAAUUCACAUAAAAGUAAUCAAUAUUUUUAAUAUUCAGUUGUGUUUUUAUUAUAACUUUGCUUACGCAUCGUGGGUGACAUGUCGAAUGAAUUCUAAAAACAACGUUGAUAUUUGUUAUAUUACAACUUAAACUUUCUGCUUCUAGACCUUGAGUUUUAAAGUAUAGAAAUGUUUAAGUUUGUUAAAUACCAAAAAAAAUUAAAUUGUAAUCUACAUAAUUCAGUAAUCAUACUGAAUUGUAUGGAUUGUAACUAAAAGUCAAGUUUUUAGUAGUAUGAUCUCAGUUAACUUACUCAAACUUAUCUAAGCAUUUUAUUUACGUUGAUGUUUAUAAGGAAAGUGGUGCUAACAUAUGAACCAUAUUAGUUUUCCCUUUAGUAUUUAAACGGCGUUGCAACAUAAAAGGUUUCAGAGAAUAUGAAAUAUCAAUAUAGGAAAGUGUCUAACUAAAGCUAUGCGUGUAACAUUUGUACAGUUUAGAAAAUCAAUCAAAUCACUAACUUAUCUGACGAUGAUAAAUCCCUGAUUAUUUGCCUGUUAGUAUUUUACCAUAAUAAUUUUAGUGUAAAAAGUUGUAUAGUUAUUUUUAAAAUGAUAGUGAAAUUGUAAUUUUAUCGGUAGACUAUUUAUAUUAUUGGUUGUUAGAAAUUUUACAGGUCAUUAAAUUAAAUCUUUAAAAUUAAAUUGAUUAGCAUAUUAUUACUAGUUAAGAUCAUAAUUAACUAUUUUUAGAACUAUAUAUUUAUUUACUUAUUAUUAACAAUGGUUUAGUAACACCCUAACAAGUCAAACAAAAUACCUCUACACGAACAUUAGAUGUUUUUAUCUCUGGUGUUAAUAUUUUUCUCGUACAACAAUAAUAUUAAUGUACAUAUCAAUUUUGUACCAUAAUUCAAAAUGUGAUAUAGAAAACAUAAAUGUUCAAUGUAUUAUAAUGUUUAGUGUAUUUUCUUAAGUUCAAUACUG